AUGGAAGCUACCCCUGAUCCAACCUUCCCUGCUGGAACGGAUGGAAUUAUCGAUGAGCGCUUCACGAAUAUUGGCACAUCGACUGAACAAGUGAUCGAGCCCACAGUCUUGGAAACGAUGAGCAUGAGUUCGAGAAGCUGUGGCUGGGUUAUCAAACUGCAAAACGACAGUAGCUUGGCAAAAAUAACCCAGGCACGCCGUACGGGCGACAUCGAAGUGGUUGAAACCCUGGUCCUACAAUUGGUUGACGCUGAAUUGUUGCCAUCAUUAGGAGGUGAGCAGUGCGAUGUGGCGGCGCGGGUGUUUAAGGAUUGUGCAUCUGGGAUUAAAUCCACGAGAAGUAUGGCUUUGCUCCACACUCGCGAGGAAGAGGAGGAGAUUGCCCAACAAACAACUUAUGAUCUCGAGCUAGCUAGGGAGAGAUACGAACUAGCCAAGCACCAGGCGUCGAUGACCACGCAAUUUAAGGAGCUGUUGACUGACGCAGUCGAUUAUUGGGGAGAUGGUAUUUUUCGUAGUUGGGACUGGAUUGGAAGUGUCGAUGGGAUGCGGAUCUCUACUCGUGCGUGCGUCGACGAUCGAGUAACUGAAGAAGUCGCUAUUGACAGCAACAUGCAGCCUGAUCCACGUACUCAAAGCAGGAAGCGGCGUAGCAAGCGUAAAAAGCAACGAUCUGCCACACGAGAAUUGCAUUAA